GUGCCGCCUUCAGAUGCUGAUGCUCUUUCUCUGGCUCUGUCAGUUCGGCAACAGGGCCUGGUGCCGGCAGCACAACAGUCACUCCCGUGUCUCAGAGCUGCUCGACAGCCUGCUUAGAGGCUACGACAACAGCAUGAGGCCCGACAUGGGAGGGCCACCCACUACAGUCGAGGUGGAUAUCCAGCUGAAAAGUAUGGGACCGAUCUCUGAGACGGAUCUGACCUACUCGAUGAACUGCUACUUCCGUCAGUCGUGGGUGGACCAGCGGCUGGCGUUCGAGGACCUCGAGCUGGACGUGCUCAGCCUUAGUGUGUCGACCCUGGAGCGUAUCUGGAAACCGGAUACGUUCUUCUUCAACGGCCGCCGCAGUCGGCUGCACAAGAUCACCACGCCCAACAAGUUUGUCCGCCUGUACCGCACUGGGAAGGUGCUCUACUCGGCCAGAAUGACGAUCCAGGCCAACUGUCCGAUGAACCUGCAGGACUUUCCCAUGGACACCCAAAGAUGUCCACUGCACUUUGGAAGCUUCGGCUACACGGAGCACGACGUGCUCUACCGUUGGACCGAGAGCCGCCGAGAGGUGACCAUCUCCCAGGACCUGGAGCUCUCCCAGUUUGACCUGAUCCGCACGCCGGCCGGCGAGAGGACCGACCACAACACGCGCGGCAACUUCUCACAGCUGUGGGUGAGCUUCCACCUUCGACGUCACAUGGGCAACUUCAUGAUCCAGGUGUACGGGCCGAGCGUUCUGCUGGUGGUGCUGUCGUGGGUCUCCUUUUGGCUCAACCGGGAGGCCACUGCCGACAGAAUCUCACUUGGGGUCACCACGGUGCUCACCAUGACCUUCCUGGGUCUGGAGGCCCGCACCGAUCUGCCCAAGGUGCCCUACUCGACGGCCCUGGACCUCUUCCUCUGGAUAGCCUACGGAUUCAUAUUCGCUAGCAUUGUACAGUUUGCAUUUGUGCACUUUUUCACGAAGUACGGCUACGGCGAGGUGUACUUUCCUCAGCCACAGUCGUCCUCGGAGGAUUCAGACGAUGAGUCCUCAGAGUCUGAGGAAGAGGUGCCUGAGGAGUCUCCCAAUGAGCGGACGGCUCUGUACUCGGACCACAGCCCUCUCACCGUCUCCGACCCGUCUCCGCACGGGCCCGCCCUCUACAUCGACCUGAGCCCCCAGCGGGCGCUGCCCCGACCUCCGCCCUGCCACCUGGCGGCGACAGUGCUGCCGCCCAGCGGCCGGCGGAGGAAGCUCGGCCCACGGCGGCGGCGCCGGCAGCGAAGACCUCGACCGGACUCUCCGGCGACGGGCUCAAUGCCGACUCAGUUCAACUCUGUGUCAAAGAUAGACCGCAGUAGUCGGGUGCUGUUUCCGGCUGUGUUUCUAGCGGUGAACACGGUGUACUGGUAUGCGUACCUCAGUCACAGCGGUAGACUGCAGGUGGUUGAAGCGCUGGAGAGGAGUGGUGAGGUCACUGGACCGCGCUGAGGGGUGGAGGGGGAGGCUCUAACUCUGAGGCCGGAGAGAUGGUUGAGGUGGUUGUGGGGGAGGUGCUACUUUGUUCAUGUUUGACCCGCGACCACGCUGGGGAGAAGACAGAAAGAAGGUCGGGACUCCGGAUGAUUUUCCUUGAGCUUGAAAAUGGUACAACACAAAAAGGUUGCAUACUCGAGCAUCGAAGCGAACGAUAAGUUUCAGCAGUUCAUCAUUCAUCCCUAGUAACAUUGAAAUUAGUGACCAAUAACUUAUCCUUUUGCCCGUAUGCUUGUUCAAUGAACAUAUGAGGCUUCUUAGUGUGUUAGCUCUACCAAGGUUCAAUGAGGAAGCGGUGUACUAAAGGUACAAAUGGAACCAUAGUAUGGAGGUCUAAAUAAAACCCCAGUCUACUUCAGUUAGCUGGGAUCCUGACGAAGGACACAUCCUUCUCCACCCGCAUAUAUCCAUCCCUUUCCCAGUCAACCGGUGACUCACUGAGGCCCGGAGGCGAAGCAGUGAGAUGAAUUACUGUUGAUAGGCGAGUUCUCUGGGUCCCUUUGAUAAGAUAGUGUAUCAUGUUUGCGCCUGUGUGGCCCGGUCAGUGCAAUGCUGCAUGAAAUCCCUGUUAUGCAAUGCCAGUUGUUGACAAUAAAGUCUGCGAAAUGAA